ACUUUCGUAGAAGCAAAAUACCAAUAGCUUUCUUUUAGUAGCGAGUUUUUGUUGGAGGAGAUAAAUAAAUAAAUAAAUUGAAAGAGAGGGGUUUCAUUUUCAUUAUAAUUCCUAAGUUCUUCCCUCUGCCUCUGUUCCUUUCUUUCAGUCAACGCAAUACCGAUCGCAAUUAGGAAGAAAGAAAAUCUCUUGAUCUGAUCGUCACCGCUACUAUAUCACGGUCAUGGCAACUGCUGGAAACAAGAACAUAAAUGCAAAAUUGGUGCUUCUUGGGGAUGUUGGUGCUGGAAAGUCUAGCCUUGUGUUACGUUUUGUGAAAGGACAGUUUGUUGAAUUUCAGGAAUCAACCAUCGGUGCUGCCUUCUUCUCACAAACAUUGGCUGUGAAUGAUGCAACUGUAAAAUUUGAGAUUUGGGACACAGCAGGUCAGGAGAGGUAUCACAGCUUGGCUCCUAUGUACUACAGGGGAGCAGCUGCAGCAAUUAUUGUUUAUGAUAUAACAAAUCAGGCCUCAUUUGAGCGAGCGAAGAAAUGGGUCCAAGAACUUCAGGCACAAGGUAACCCAAACAUGGUUAUGGCACUUGCUGGGAAUAAAGCUGAUUUGCUAGAUGCAAGGAAGGUAGCAACUGAAGAAGCUCAAGUAUAUGCUCAGGAGAAUGGCCUUUUCUUUAUGGAAACGUCAGCUAAAACAGCAACCAAUGUUAAUGACAUUUUCUAUGAAAUAGCAAAAAGACUACCUCGGGUACAGCCAUCACAGAAUCCAUCAGGAAUGGUUCUUAUGGAUAGACCCGCAGAAAGGACAGCAAGUGCAUCCUGUUGCUCUUAAGUACUUUUGCAGUUGUGUCAUUUCUGCUUGUCUAUAUCUUCUAAAAUUUCUUGUGAUGCUCACUGGAAAUCUGUGUUUUAGUAUUUCCUGGUUCAUUUGUGUAUUACACAUGAAGUUUACUUCCUGGUUCAUAUGUGUAUUACUCCUGAAGUGUACAUGAAAGGUUCCUUUUCAACCAGUGAAAUGGAAUUGAGGUGGCUUCUUAUGUAAUGAAUUGGUUUGAUCUUCUGUUCCGAAAUUUAUCACAUAUUUAGUGCAGGAGCAAGUAAGGAGUGCUGUGAUAUUGGUAGAUACAAGCUGAUUAUGACUUGUAUCACUUUAUGGUUCUGUAUGCUUCGUACCUAUGCUGAAUGACCAUGACAGUUUUACUAGUA